UCAGCCAUGGCGGCACGACGCCACCUGACUCCGUUGAAAGAAACCCACCUUGGCCACCUCUCUGCCCCACCAUGCGGCCCCCUGGUCCCAUUUGUCUGACACUACCCCCUACCUCCCCGUCCCAACCUCGUCUAAUCGCUGCGGCGCCAGUGCCCAAAUCUAAACCCUAGCGCCGCCACCGCCAUGCUGCGCCGCAUCGCCGCCGUCGCCCCGCGGGCCUUCUUCUCCUCGUCACCCCCGCACGCCCCGUCGCUUCCGGCGUCGGGCUACAUCCCGCGCCGCGAGUACGGCCUGGUGCCCAUGGUGAUCGAGCACACCUCCCGCGGGGAGCGCGCCUACGACAUCUUCUCGCGCCUUCUCAAGGAGCGCAUCGUCUGCAUCCAUGGCCCCAUCACCGACGACACGGCCUCCCUCGUCGUCGCCCAGCUGCUCUUCCUCGAGUCCGAGAACCCCGCCAAGCCCGUUCACCUCUACAUUAACUCCCCGGGGGGCGUCGUCACGGCGGGCCUCGCCAUCUACGACACAAUGCAGUACAUCCGCUCCCCCGUCACCACGCUCUGCAUCGGCCAGGCCGCCUCCAUGGCGUCGCUACUCCUCGCCGCGGGGGCGAGCGGAGAGAGGCGGGCGCUGCCGAACGCGCGGGUCAUGAUCCACCAGCCCUCCGGUGGCGCGUCGGGGCAGGCCUCGGACAUCGCCAUCCACGCCAAGGAGAUCCUCAAGGUGCGCGACCGGCUCAAUAAGAUCUAUGCCAAGCACACGGGCCAGGCCAUCGACCGCAUCGAGCAGUGUAUGGAGAGGGACAUGUUCAUGGACCCGGAGGAGGCACAUGAAUGGGGGCUCAUCGACGAGGUCAUCGAGCACCGCCCUGUCUCUCUUGUGUCUGAUGCUGUUGGCAGUGAUCCGCCAAACCUCGGUGGAGGCGGAACUGAGGUGAAUAAAGGGACGGACGAGCCAUCUCCAGCGUGAUGGCAUUGGGCAGUCACAAGCACUUGAUAGCUUUCUAUAAUGAGAAGCUGAUUUCAUAGAGUUUUCUACCGAGACGGGAGAACUGAGUGCAGCUUGCAUUUUAUCUCUGCUAUAUGGGAUUGAGUGUUGGCGGACUAAGAGACGACAUAUCCAACAACUAAGUGUCGCAGAGAUGCGUAUGUUGUGUUGGAUAUAUGGGCACACAAGAUUGGACCGAGUCAGAAACGAUGACAUACACGAUCGGCUAGUAGUAACGCCAAUUGAAAAAAACUUAUUCAACACCGGUUGAGAUGGUUUGGGCAUGUCCACCAGAGACCCCAGAGGCACCGCUGUAUAGAGACAUCAUAAGACGGGACAAUAAUGUGAAGAGAGGUAGAGGUCGACCAAAUUUGACAUGAGAGGAGGCAAUCAAAAGGGACUUGAAGGAAUGGAUUAUCCCAAUGGAGCUGUGUUUGGAUAGAGGUGCUUGGAAAGAAGCUAUCCACGUGCCUGAACCGUGAUUAGGUCUUUUUCCUUUUAGUGCUCUCAAAAGCUUUUUCCCUUCUCUUUCUUUCUCUUUUUGGUGACAUGUUGGGUUUCAACUUUAGCCUACUCUAACUUGUUUGGGACUAAAAUGCUAUGUUGAUGUUGGAGGAACUGGAUACUGAAUUUUCUGUGUCAGAAACUAAGAAGGGACCUUGGCAUUAUUAUUUUUAAGAUAGAUUAUAAACCAUAUGUAACAUUACCCAAUAACAAUAAUCUUUUUAACUGCUUCUCUUAUUCCAUUUA